UUCUCCCCUCCUCUCACUGUGGUCUAUCUUUUAUUCUUGCUUGUUAUCCUGUCCCCUUUCAACUCCUCUCCUUCUUCUGCUUUUCUUCUUACUUACGUUAUAGGGCCCUAUCCAAUCCCGUCUCUUUCUUCCUUCCUUUCCUUCCCUGCUACUUGCCCUCUCCUUGUCUUGGUUUGUGCAUUUACCGGUGCUGAAUACUAUGCAUCCGUGUUCUUAAUUUAUGGGUCUGUUCCUCUUUAAUGCAUGUUGAUGUCUUGAAGUUGAGCCCCUGAGCUAUACUCUGAUCAGAAAAGCCUCUUUUGGUCAAAUAUACCUGGAACAUGCUCGAACUUUGAGCAGAGUGGGACUAUAUGGCAAUCAGAAUUCAAAACUUGCCCGAGAAAAACUUCAAUGAAGGUGGUCCUGUCUUCUCGAUGCCCAAUUUGAGUGUGAAUUAUCCAUCAUGGUGGGUUUCGAAUGAACACCAGAUUCCAUUAUCUUUAUCAAGUAAUCUCAGCUCCAAAUCAGGAUCUCCGACCCAGAAGGAAAAUCAUGAAACCAAGAAUUUGGGUCUUCAACUAGCAGAUCACGAAUCUUCUUCAACCCAGUCACUUAGCCAUUCUCAAUCUGGAGGGCUGAGUUCACGGGACCAAAGCGUUUCGUCAGAGUGUGGUCAAGAUGAAAGUUGCGGCAAAAGUGUUGAGGAUCGGAUGAAGCCAGUCUUCUUAUAUGGCAACAACUCGGAUGUUACAGUCAAUCCUUCUCAUGCUGAUCAUACCUAUCAAAUGGUUCAUGUAUCUUACCCGCCUACAGAUCCCUACCUUGCUGGAUUGGUGAAUGCAUAUGGGCCACAGGCUAUUAUCCAGCCCCAGAUGGGAUCUCAGGCAGUUGGGAUGCCACCGACACGAGUUCCUCUUCCUCUUAACGUCCCCGAUGACGGGCCAAUCUAUGUGAAUGCUAAGCAGUAUAAUGGGAUUAUGAGGAGGAGGCAGUCACGGGCGAAACUUGAGGCCCAGAAUAAGCUCGUGAAAUCCAGAAAGCCAUAUCUCCAUGAGUCACGGCAUCUUCAUGCACUGAAUCGGGUCAGAGGCUCAGGCGGACGAUUCCUCAGCACAAAGAAGCUCCAGCAGGCCAACCCACAGGAAGACCCGUCGGGACAGAAUAGCCAUCGAGCCCGAGGGAAUGACAUGUUUGACCCCACAACCAACUGUUCGGAGAUGACAAGCGUAACAAACUGCAACACCUUCUUCCACCAUGCAGACAGGGCUGUUGCUGGAAUUUCUGGCCCAGUGGGGGUGCGACGGAAUGGAGGCCCCUUACUGGAUGCCUCGGGGCUCCGUUCUUCGUCUGUCCGGUGAAGUGGAUAUAAAGCAAAGAAACCACUGUCACUGGCAGGGCAAAUCAUCCUUGGCUUUGUUACAAAUUUUACUAUCAUGUCGUUUGUCUCAUGAUACACUAUACUAUUGACGUUGACGAACGUCUUUAGCUAUCUGAAGUACUUGAGACUGCUAUCGAUGUCGACGUGGAUGGGAAACUGAUUGUCUUCUCCUUCGGGUUCUGUAAGUGCAAAAACGAGGAUGCUCUGCUGUUUUUGUUUGAGCUUCAUGUUUUCAUGGGUAAUGGGGUUUUCUAAGUGCAAAAACGAGGAUGCUCAGAUGUUAGAUAAUGUUUGAUAUGAUGGUAUGGAAUAGAAUUUUUAUAUAAAAUGAUGCAACAUUUUCAUGACA